AUGACCCGCACCCGCGCAGAGACGGCCGCGCCGCAGCUCACGGUGCGCAACACCACCGGGCCCACGCCGACGUCGACGCCGCGCCCCGACCACGACAGCUCGAGCGACGCCGCCGACGGCCCGUCGCAACGCCACCUGCCCUCGAUCCGCUUCAUCCCCCACCAAGACCCGCGCGCCGGGCGCCCGUCGCUGCAGUUCCCCACCAUCACCCGCACGCUGCCCGACGAGGCUGCCGUUAUCCGCGUCGGCCGCUACUCGGAGCGCGACAACGUGCCCGAGGCGCCUGCGAACCUGCCCUCGGCCGCGGCCAUCGGCUUCAAGAGCAAGGUCGUCAGCCGCAAGCACUGCGAGCUGUGGUGCAAGGACGGCAGCUGGUACGUCAAGGACGUCAAGAGCUCGUCGGGCACCUUCCUCAACCACAUCCGCCUGAGCCAGCCCAACGUCGAGUCGAAGCCCUUCCGCAUCAAGGAUGGCGACAUCAUCCAGCUUGGCAUCGACUUCCGCGGCGGCGAGGAGAUGAUCUUCCGCUGCGUCAAGAUCCGCGUCGAGUGCAACCGCGGCUGGCAGCAGGGCCUGAAUGCUUUCAACAAGCAGACGCACCAGCGUCUGCGCAACCUCACCAAGCCGAGGAAAGACGGCGACACUGCGUCCACACACACGUCUGAGUGCGCUAUAUGUCUCAUGUCCAUAGCGCCCUGCCAAUCCCUGUUUGUCGCACCCUGCUCGCACGUGUGGCACUACAAGUGCAUACGGCCGAUUCUGAACGGACCCACGUGGCCCAACUUCCUCUGCCCCAACUGCAGGGCCGUCGCCGAUCUCGAGGCUGACGUCGACGACCCGGGCGAGUUCGAGGACUGGGACGAGGAGCCGCAGGCAAACAGCGACUCUGCGCCGGACGCGGAGAACCCCCCGGCAGACCGUCACGUCACGCCACGUGCGUCGGCAGUUCCUCUGAACGGCACAGCAGAAAACGGCACCGACCUCGCAGAACUGCAGCACGCCAUCACACGCAUCAGCAUUAACGAAUCGAUUCAGCAUCCCCAGACUCCGUUCCGGCCUAUAGAACCUACAACAGCAUCCGUCACCCAGCCCGUGUCCAUCGACCGCGGCCCCGGCGCCUUCAACGGCCUCUCGCCGCUGUACCUCGCCGCCCACGACGGCCUGGCGCCCGACCGCGCUCACGACGGACCCAUGACGCCGCGCAACGACGCUGGCCCUUUUGUCCUGGACGGUAGCGCCGGCCGCGCGAGCCGCCUGCGCGACGACUCGCCCGACGCGGACGCACCGUCCCUUCCCCCGGUGCGCUUCGACUAGGAUCGCAGGCACCUAAUUCACGCAUGUCAUUCGCACGCCGGUCUGCAGGCGGCUUACACGAUUUCAAGGGCACGGCGGUGCGCAUCUGCAUGUUUAUCGUAGGGCGAGGAGUAAUGUAUCCCGUGUACGUAUUUGGGGCUGGCGUUUGGACGGCCCGGAGUUGGGGUUGGCAUGUUGUUACCAUUUUAUCAUCUGCGCGGCGCGGCGGCGCAGGACGAGCGAAGAGCGGGCAUGUAGAGUUGGCAUGUUAUCUGGCGCGAAGCCACAGUUGAUCGUUUGUCAUGCAUCGUGUGCUCAUUUUGUCAUGCAUGGUACUCGCAACGGCAGCAGCUCAUCUCCCUUCUGACCUUGUCUCUCUUUUUGAUUCAUCUCCCUUCUGACCUCAUCUCCCCCCUGAGACCGCCUAGAACAUGCCUCCGAAUCCCUUCCCCCCCUCCCACU